AUGGCGCCGUCCUCGUCGAGCCAGGAGUGCCACAUCUGUCUGGAGGAGCUGCGCCGCGACCUGGCGGCCGCGCCCUGCGGCCACGUCUACCACCACGUCUGCAUCCUGCAGGCGCUGCAGGUCAACUCGCAGUGCCCCAUUUGCCGCCGCCGCACGGGCGACGCCGACGUCGUCUCGCUCUACUUCGACGUGCCGGACAGCAAUGACUCGGCCGCGUCGCCGCAGAAGCCCGCGCAGGCCGCAGGUGACAGCGCCGAGCUCAGCGCGCGCGUCAACACGCUCAUGGAGCGCAUCCAGUGGCAGAACAAGCACCAGCAGCAGCUCAUGGACGAGCUGCGACGUCUGCGCAGCCAGAGCGAGCAGCUAUUGGUGGAUAAGCAGUCGCAGGAGCUGCGCGUCCGUGGUCUGCAGGCGGCCAACAACGAGCUGGUGAAUAAAGUGGCCAGGUAUCAAAUGGAGCUCUCGCGGCAAGCGGAAGCCGCGCGCAGAUCGAGUGUGAACCAGAGCAUUAUUAACUACCUGGAGACCUGCGAUGCUUCCGCGUUGGAGGAUGAGAUACAGAACCCGCGCGAGCUCAUCAUGGCGCUCAAGAAGGCGUGCAAGUUCCGCCACGAUCAGUACGAAAAGGUGGUGAAGGAGAAGACCCGACUCAAGGAGAUGCUGAGGAAUACGCAGCCGCAGCCUGCUCAGCAGCCUCAGUCUGCUGGCAAUGCCAGGUUGGGCAAACCCAAGAGUCGUGGAGCUACGGCGCCGAUGGAAACUAAGAGGCCGUACCCGUCAGGAAGCAGUGCCAUGGGCUUCGGAACAGGAAUACAGCCGCCGGUUGUGGAGAACAAAAAGAGGAAAAUCGACUCGAUGGCUUCCAUGCCUUACACUGCACAGCAGGGCAGUGGAGAUGUCGUCGGAUUUACGCCGCGCUCCGAAUCGGCCGGCUUCCGCGCGAACGCGUACUCGGACGUGUCGAUCCGUCCACCGCCAAAUUCACGACAAGCCUUCGGACGCAGCAACUACAACCCGAACCAGUAUGGAGCUUUCAACCUGACUCCGGCAAGCCAGCCACCCGUGCAGAUGGCGGGUGCUCAGGCUGCAGUGUGCCGUCGUGGCUACGAUGAAACGGGAAAGCUGACCAACUUUUUCCUCCCAAAGGAGGGUGAGGCGCGGUCCAUGCCCAGGAAGAAACCAAUUCCGAGCAUGCAGAACUUGCUGAACUCACAACCAAGAACUUCAGGUCAGCAGCAGCAGCAGCAGCAGCGCGUUGCGAGCAACGGCCGACAGGAGUACGCAUUAACUAACUGGCUACGCAAUAAUUAG